UUUCCUGUUCCGAAAAAUUCUUGAACUGAUCACCAAUGAUGAUAGCACGUUAUGGAUUUCAGACAGUUCCGGAACGGAUUUUUAGACAACUCUUAAGAGGUCCUAGUGUUGGAGAGUCUUCAUCUAUCAACAGAGUUUCAUCACAACAGCAUCGCACAUAUCGAGCUGCAGUAUGUGCAGAGCUGAAGAAACCUCUGGUUCUGCAGGAUCUACAAGCAACUGAACUCAAGCCUGCUGAGGUGAGGGUGUCUGUCCAUUGCUGUGGGGUGAACUUUGCUGAUAUACUGGCAUGUCAGGGACUGUACCAAGAGAAGCCCCCACUGCCCUUCACUCCAGGUAAGUACUAUUACUGUCCACUGUCAUGUGUCUAGUUGAGUAGUUUUACCUUAGCAUGUGAUGGAGUGUUUUGAAGUUAUGGAUGAGGGGCUGUCACUGUAGAUACAAUAGCUGUUAAGAAAACCUUUGUUGUCUUGCUGUUCCUGAAUUCGUUCCCAGUCCGCCACUGCAGGUGA